AUGGACUAUUGAUCUGUUACUGUAUGACAAUACCUGUGUUCCUCACAAUGUACACAGCUUAGAAUGUCUUGUUAUAAACUGUACCCUGGAUGUACUGCAACUUUGGUAAAAUUCAACUUGUGUUUUUCUCCUAUGCUCUUGAGAGGCAAUCCUCAGUCCAUGAACCAGCCUGAACAGCUGGCUAAGGCUGUAGGGGAGUCAUGGUGGGAAAAGGGAAGCUUGUCCCUAUCCCAAGUCUGCAGAGCUGCUAGGGGAGGCUACUUCAGCCCUCCUCGAGACAAGAGCAGUGGAGCAUACACACAGAAACCAAUCCUGUCACCCCACCACCCUCAAGACAUCCCACUCUGAGUGAUCGUGUAUGUGAAGCCUUUAGCUGACUCAAUUCCACAAGAGAAAUCCAUGGUCUUUAGAAUCCACCCCCUCUAUGGAACAAUGGAACUGCACUGCCACAGAGGCAGGGACCUGAUUCACUACUCGCAAAACAUGAGAAAUACUAAUAUUCCCAGUACUGCUUUUAAAACCUACUGACAAAAUAUUUAAUAGCGCUAUAUAGCUUUACUGAUAUCUUGAGAACAGAGCACUAUUCUUUAUUCUCCAAUAAAUAUCAAUACUAAGUUUCCAGUAAAAAUAAAGUUACUGGCAAAAUUAGGCAAAGGUCAAGUUAUGUAUAAAAAUAUCCCCCAAAGCACCCACUGUCGUGAGAGGACAUGGAUAACUCUCUAACCAGUAAUUUAAUUAUUUCUCUCACUUUUAGAUAUUUGCAUGCAUAGAGUUGAUCCACUAUUUUGAUUUCCAGAGUGUAUUUGAAUGCUAACUAAUGAUAAUAUAAAAUGAAAUUCAUUUAAUUAACUGACAUUUCACAGGUAAUUUCACAGGCUUAGUUCACUCAAAAACCUUGGAUAUGUGAAUUGUAUUUAUCUUUUAUGAAAGGAUCAGUUCAGUUACAGUCAUGAUUCUUUUAUUUCUCACUUUAAAGCUGUUUCACAAAACAUACUAAAAUUUCAUGGAGCUAUGACUGAUAUUGUCAGAGCAUGUUUUUUAAUGAUGACAGUACUACAUUUUUGAGCACCGAGGGUAGUGCUGAAAAUUAAGUUAUAUAGUUUACAUUUAGUUAUAGUUUUGAAUGUCUUAAGAUCAUUUUUAUAUUUGUGUGUUGUACAUUUGUACAAUUGGUAUGUAUUUUGUAUAUCAAUAUGUUAGUUAUAUAAUGGGAGCGGCCCCUUCAAAAAUAUGAUUGGAGCAGGUGGAAUGGGCUCUUGGAGGGACACGUGAGCAUUGUGUGCUCUGUGUCGAGAGGUCUGCAUGUAAGUUGGUAGGAGGGAAGGCUUAAUUUGCAGGAAACUCCUCCAUCAAAAAGUCAGAAUGCAAACAACAAUUAAGUUCUUCAAAAAUAAAAGUCCUCAUUGAAGGUGUAUGGCAUGACAUGAUUAUUUGUUUCUGAUCGCACCCGCAGCAACUUGCUGUAUCUGUAAAUAAACCGUUCAAAAGAUAAGGAAUGCAAUAGAUCUGAAGGAGGAAAAAGGUAACAUUUUUCCAAAAUAAUUAUUUUUAAAGUCUUUUAAAUCCCAUGCCUCUGCAGUUAAGAGAGACAUACAUUUAGGAGAAUCCAGAGAAAUUUACUAUUACUGAGUACAGCUGCUAUGCAGUGUUAUGUAUAGUAACAUCAUAGUGUGCUACCAUCACUAUUUUAGCUCAUCACCGGUAAUCUAGACAGCAGAUCACUUAAGGAGAUUUCAAGUAUAAGCAACAGUUGUUUAUCCACUAGAGACCAGGGGAUAUGUUGGAAGUCUGUCCAUGUAUGGAGCAAGUCUUGUGAGCCAGAAGUUUGACAUCUCCUUUGGGACAUGCUAACUGCAAAGAUUAGCCCCGCCUCUCCCUAGGAGAGGCACUUUAUAAAGUAAGAUUCCCAAAGACAGCAAGGCACAGCAGUAAUACUCUCCAGUAACCAUGGCUAGCAGAAAAACUAAAAAGAAGGAAGGUGGUGCCAAACGUGCUCAGAGAGCAUCUUCUAAUGUCUUCUCCAACUUCGAGCAGACACAGAUCCAAGAAUUUAAGGAAGCUUUCACAUUAAUUGAUCAGAACAGAGAUGGAUUCAUAGAUAAAGAAGACUUGAAAGACAUCUAUGCUUCUUUGGGUAAAACAAAUAUAAAAGAUGAGGAGCUAGAAUCCAUGCUCAAGGAAGCCACUGGACCCAUUAAUUUCACAAUGUUUUUGAAUCUCUUUGGAGCAAAGUUACUUGGUAUGGAUGGGGAAGAGACCAUACUAAAUGCAUUCAAAAUGUUUGAUCCAGAUGGUAAAGGACACAUUCACAAAGACUACUUAAAACACAUGAUGAUGACACAGGCUGACAAAUUCACUGCUGAAGAGAUAGACCAGAUGUUCAAGAGUUCCCCUAUUGAUGCAGCAGGAAACUUGGAUUAUAAGUCGUUCUGCUACACUAUCACACAUGGAGAAGAAAAGGAAGAAUAAAGAGCGCACACUUGUUAGUUGCAUUAAAUUCUCACACUGGGUUAAUAAAUAAAAAUCAAACUUUUUUUUUUUUUUACGCAGCUGAAGUGAUGACUCAGUUACCCAUUGCUCAUGCAAUUUAAAAAUAGCUAUGUCCUAGUCUCCAUUAUUUUGGAGGGCCUAAGGUGAAAACUGCAUCUUUUACCAUGCUUUUUCAUAGCAAGAGUUUGUUUUUGAGAUAACUCCAUUCUCCUUAGCCCACUGCAGACAUUUCAUUUCAAAGUUAUGCCAGGCAAAGUAAAACAGAGAAAGACGGGCUAGCCGAUUGUUUGCAUUUUCUAAGAACCUAUCACUAGAUAGCUAUUAAUGGCACCUGCCUCUUGUACACUGCGAUAGGUAAUUAUAAAAGUAGCCAUCAUUGUGGGAUCACAGUUGCAUUACACUGAAGAGAGAGAACAUUUGCAGAGGUCAUUCACACAUUUGCUUGUUCCAGGCUGACUACUCAACUUUAGGGGCAAAAGAUGUUCUCUGGAGCAGUCAGUAUUGCCAGUGCCACAACUUUCAUCUUCCCCAAAAAUGAACACACAAUCCUACUUGUAAGGAUUUUCACUU